UAUCUUUCCCCAAAUAUGGAGCCUGUGUGGAGUGAGUGGGGCGGUCUGGGGCGGGGAGCCCAGUGGGCUUCCUUAGGUAGGGAGGGGCUAGUGGGCCGACUGAGAGGUGACAUCACUGCCUUGGCACCCUUUAAACCCCUCACCCAGCUGGCGCCCCAUCCCGUCUGCCCAGCCCAGGCACUGACGCUGCUCUCCUUCAAGCCCAGGAACGACCAAGCCUUUUCUGCCUCAACAUGGCCAACAAGGGUCCGUCCUAUGGCAUGAGCCGUGAAGUGCAGUCCAAAAUUGAGAAGAAGUAUGAUGAGGAACUGGAGGAGCGACUAGUGGAGUGGAUUGUAAUGCAGUGUGGUCCUGAAGUGGGCCGCCCAGAUCGUGGGCGUCUGGGCUUCCAGGUGUGGCUGAAGAAUGGCGUGAUUCUGAGCAAGCUGGUGAACAGCCUGUAUCCUGAUGGAUCCAAGCCAGUUAAAGUGCCUGAGAAUCCGCCUUCCAUGGUCUUCAAGCAGAUGGAGCAGGUGGCUCAAUUCUUAAAGGCAGCUGAGGACUAUGGAGUCACCAAGACUGACAUGUUCCAGACUGUUGACCUCUUUGAAGGCAAAGACAUGGCAGCAGUGCAGAGGACUCUAAUGGCUUUGGGCAGCUUGGCUGUGACCAAGAAUGAUGGACACUAUCGUGGAGAUCCCAACUGGUUUAUGAAGAAAGCCCAGGAGCAUAAGAGGGAGUUCACGGAGAGUCAACUGCAGGAGGGGAAGCACGUCAUUGGCCUUCAGAUGGGCAGCAACAGAGGGGCCUCACAGGCUGGCAUGACAGGCUAUGGACGACCCCGGCAGAUCAUCAGUUAGAAGGGAAGGCCAGCCCCGAGCCUGCCUUUCCCAGAUACCUGGCUGCAGCGUCCUGCUUAGCCUGCCACACCCACACCUAUGUAGGUUCUUAGCCCUGACAGCUUUGAGGCUGUCACUGGGCAAAGAUGACUGCACAUGGGAACCCCCACCUAUCCCCAGCCUCAGCCCAGCUUCAUACCCCAGAGCCACCACUCCUGGCCCCUGCUCCCAGCUGCACCCUCACCUCCACUGUCUCUCCCAUCCUGGAGUAAGCAGGGAGAAGUGGGCUGGGGUAGCCUGGGUGUUGGCCAGCCGCCCACUGUCCUUGGUAGUAAAUGCCAUCUGAAGGAGACCCAGCCCAGCCUCUCCAUCUUUUUCUGGAAUAUUUUUUGGGUUGAAUUUCAAAAAUGAAAAAAAUAUAUAUAUAUACAUCCAUCUUUUCUCA